GGGAGACUGGCUCCGUUCUACACCCCUGAGAACGCACCCCUUUCUGUAGAGCAGCCUCCGGAGCGGAGCCGCUGGAAAUGCCACGAAGGGAAGUGUGAGCCGCGACGUUCCUGUGCCUCCUGCAGACUUGUCCCCGCAAGAUGUCGGCCCUGCGGACGCAGACGCUGCCCACCCUGCUGCUGCUCCUCACCGCCACGUGCCUGGGGGACCUUCUGGAUGUUUGCGGCUAUAUCGACCCCGAGUCUCCGGUUGUGCAGCUUGGUUCUAAUUUCACUGCGGUCUGUGUGCUCACGGAGAAAUGUAUGGAUUAUUUACACGUCACCGCUGACCACAUCUUCUGGAAGACAAACCACGUGACGGUGCCUCUCGAGCAGUACACUGUCAUCAACAGCACGGCGUCGAGCGUCACCUUCCCAGACUUCUCCCUGUUAAACACCCAGCUCACCUGCAACAUCCGCACGUUCGGGAUCGAUCAGAACGUGUAUGGGAUCAGCAUCGUUUCCGGCCUGCCUCCAGAAAAACCUAAGAACUUGAGCUGCAUCGUGAACGAAGGGAAGAGAAUGACCUGUCGGUGGGACCCGGGGCGGGAGACGUAUCUGGAGACAAACUUCACCCUCAAAUCUGAAUGGCCCACGGACAAGUUUCCUGACUGUAAGACGAAGCGCGGCAGCCCCCCUGCGUGCACCGUGGAGUACCUGCCCGUGUACUUCGUCAACAUGGAGGUCUGGGUGGAGGCGCAGAACGCCCUGGGCGAGGUCGAGUCCGAGCACAUCAACUUCGACCCUGUGAAUAUAGUGAAGCCCGCUCCUCCGCACAACUUGUCCGUCAGCAACUCGGAGGAGCUGUCCAGCAUCUUGAAGCUGACCUGGGUCAACUCCAGCAUCGACAAGUUCAUCGGCCUGAAGUACGACAUCCAGUACCGGGCCCGGGGCACCGCGGCCUGGAGCCAGAUUCCUCUUGAAGACACAGCGUCCACCCGCUACUCCUUCACGGUCCAGGACCUGCGGCCCUUCACGGAGUACGUGUUCCGGGUGCGCUGCAUGAAGGAGGACGGCCAGGGCUUCUGGAGCGACUGGAGCGAAGAGGCGCGGGGGACCACGUAUGAGGACCGACCGUCCAAGGCACCGAGCUUCUGGUAUAAGGUGGAGCCGUCCCCUGCUCACGGCUACAGGUCCGUGCGGCUCCUGUGGAAGACCCUGCCUCCGUUUGAAGCCAAUGGGAAAAUCUUGGAUUACACAGUGGCUCUCACGAGAUGGAAAUCACAUUCACAAAACUACACAGUCAACGACACAAAGCUGACCGUGAACCUCACCAACGAUCGCUAUAAAGCAGCCCUGACAGCCAGGAACCUGGUGGGCACGUCCGACGCCGCUGUGCUCACCAUCCCUGCCUCUGACUUCCCAGGUCGGUGUCCGAGGGCCUGGCUCCUGAGGGAGGGCUCGGUGGGGCCGCCUGUGAGGACGGACGCACUCUGACCACCCUCAGGGCGG